AUGUUCUGUGGUAAUUUGAAUUUCGCAAGAAGAGGUGAGUGUAACAAAUGUGGUGACCCCGCCCCUUCUGGUGCUGGUGAUCGUGGCAGCAGGUAUGGUGGCAGUUACAACAGAGGUGGAAGUGAUGGACAGUAUGGCAGUAGUCAAGAGGGUAGAGGUGGUAAUUAUGGCAGUGGAAGUGGAUCUUAUGGUGGCAAUCAAGUAAGAGAUAAAGGGGGUUAUGGUCAGGGUCCCCUUGUCACUCCCCCAACUUAUGGGAGGCCUGGUGGCACCUACCCACCUCCUGUGAACGCCUAUGGUAGCAAUGCUAAUUAUGAAACCGAUGCAGUUCCUCCACCUGGAAGCUAUACUGGUGGACCUACUUCAUAUAUUCCAUCAUACGGUGCCCCUGUUGGUUAUGGUGGUGAUGUUCUGCCUGAUGCCCGUGGUGGUGGUAGGAGUGGUCCACCAGGUGGGUAUGACGUUGGGCGUGGUGGUGGCCCGCGUAACUUGGUAGGUGGUUAUGGUACUGUUCCUGCUGAGGCUCCAGUUAAGGUGACACAAUGUGAUGAGAAUUGUGGGGAUUUAUGUGACAAUUCAAGAAUUUACAUCUCAAAUUUGCCUCCAGAUGCGACUGCUGAAGAAUUGAGGGAACUCUUUGGAGGCAUUGGACAAGUUGCAAGAAUCAGGCAGAAGCGAGGCUAUAAGGACCAAUGGCCUUACAAUAUAAAAAUAUACACGGAUGAGCAGGGACACAAUAAAGGAGAUGCAGUUUUGACAUAUGAGGAUCCAUCUGCAGCACAUUCUGCUGGCAGUUUUUAUAACAAUUAUGACAUUAGAGGUUUUAAAAUUAGUGUUGCAAUGGCUGAGAAGACUGCCUUAAAGGCACCUCCUGCAUACAGCUCUAGGGGUGGUGGUAGAUGUGGCUAUGGUGGUGGUGGACGCAGAGAUAAUUACAGAGAUGGUGGAGGUUCUGGUCCAGAUAGGCAUUAUCACAGUGGAAACCGGUCACGCCCAUAUUGAAGUGUAGAUGACCUAUUUAUGUAUUAAAAAUUGUGGUGGUAGGGAUUUUAUUAUGGUCCAUUCACGGGUUUAUUCUCUAGCUGGAGACUUAACGAGGUAGGUUGUUCACCAACUCUGAGCAAUACUCCUGUUCUCCUGUUUUCUUUCUUUGGCUACCUGGUGGAGGUUUUACUUUUGAGGUAGAGAUUGAUUUUGAACUGUGUGAAUGCUUUUCUAGAGGCCAGUGGAUAUUACUCUCCGGAUUGCUGCUAAGGUAGGUUGAAAU